AUGUUUUUCCACUGGUGAGAUGUCAAAAGCUAAUAAUUAAUUUCUUUCGAAUUCGUGAUUGUGAUGUUACUCUGUGAGGGUUGUUUUCUUAAGUCGUCUUUUCAGUUGAAACUUCAAUCUUGGAUCUCCACAGGUGAGAAUCAGGGGAGGUUUUUCUCUGAGAAGUGGGACUCAACAGGUCAAUGGCAGAAUUCAUAAUUGAUGGGCGCAAAAGGUGGGGAGCUGCAGCAUCAUUGACACCCUAAUUCCAUCAUUCCCUGUUCUAAAAUUGCUCCCUAGUGAGGAGAGGAGCAAUCAACGGACAAAUCUGUGGGCCUAAAGACUCAAAACCAAGUAAUCAGUAUGGUGGUUAUCAUUGCUUCCCCAAAUGCUAAGUGCUGAAGCCUUUUUGCUUAGCAAAUGACCUUUUCAAAUGGGUCCCAUUCCAAGCAUGGUUUGCUCCCUCUUCCUCGAAGAGAAUCAUUUCAAUGAUCCAACCCCUGACUUUCUUCCCCCAACUUUCCUGAAAAAGUUUUCCCAUAUCCCCAUCUCCAUAGCUUCUCCAUUCCAUCUCAGAGUCCCGUCUGUUCCUAGUCCUGGACAACUUAGCCAAGUUUCUGAAGCUCCUGUAAUGCAUGGUUUUGAUACCGAUGAUUCAUGUAGGCAGGGUUGUUUAAACUGGUUUUGAUGGGAUCAAGCAUGAGCUGGUGUUUCGUGUGGUUGAUUCUCACCUUUUUCUGUGCAUAUGUGCAGAGCUCAGAUGAAGUUGCUAGUGAUUCUCUAGAUGCUUUUGUUCAGGAAUUUGCUCUGAGGACACUUGAUCAUCACCGGCCUCACACAGGUCCCCUUUACAAAGCUAUCCUCCCUGCUAAUCUAUCAGGCAUGGAAGUUUCAGUUGUGCAGCUCAGAAGCCGGCAACUCUGGAGUAGAGGUGCCAAAUUCAGCAACUUUCGCAUACCAUCAAGAACUAUGCCUGUGCCUCAUGUGAAGAGACUGGUUCUCAUCUAUCAAGACCUGGGCAACUGGUCUUCUUACUACUAUCCUGUCCCGGGUUAUACCCUAGUCAGCUCUGUUGUUGGCCUAAUGGCUUAUGAUGCAUCAAAUUUGGAUGCAAACAGGAUUGUGCAGCUUAGCCUCAACACCAUGGGAAAGUCCAUUUCAGUUCAUUUCGGAAAGUUGUUAUUCCCCAGAGGGAGGAAGUCUGAAGCAAGAUGUGCUGCAUUAUGCGCCAAUGGUACAGUCUACCUUAGUGACAUGAGCUUGCCCAGUGUCUGUUACAGUCGUGAACAGGGUCAUUUCUCCAUUGUUAUUCCAGUGAAGAAGAAGCAGAAGUGGAAGAGCUCAUGGGUGGGAGGUUUUGCAGUUGGAUUCGUGGGGCUGGUAGUGAUGAGUUCUGUUGGGAUGGUAGUUCUUAGACUUUCAAAGAAGAAGAGGAUUGCAGAAAUGGAAAAACAAGCAGAUGAAAGUGUGGUCCUUGGGAUGAUCUGGAUCGGUGGGAGUAAAAUGCCUUCUGCAACAGUAACAAGAACUCAGCCAGUCCUGGAGAAUGGAGGUGCCCUAUAACUCUAAUUCCUCUUUUCCCCUACCUCCCUGUUUCUCUUUAUCUAUACUUUCUCUUAUAAAUAUUCUUAAUCUCCUCUUCACAAGUCUCAGAUUUAGUAGAUCCAUUCAGAGACGAUUUUCCCUUGAAUUUAGCCAUAAAAACCAACAGGCAUUUCAUA